AUGACUGAGAAUUCCUAUGAUGAUUUAGAUAAGCUUAUUGAAGCAGUCAUACACAUUUGUAGCAAAAAACCAAAUGAAAGGACUCAAUCUGAACUCUCUAAACUAAUGGAAAUGACAAAGCAUGCUAAAGUGUUCAAACAACUAAUAGAAAGUAAAGGCGAAAUCGCUCACAACACAUGUUGCAGAUUCCUAUUGCAUGAGUGUUGUGAAGCUGGGGAGUACUUAUUUCGCUUUGGAGACAAAGGAACAAAAUUUUAUAUUAUAAUCAAAGGAAAAGUUGGCAUCGAAAUCCCUAUUAAACAAGAAGACACAGGAGAGUCAGUUUUUGUUGAAGUUGUCCAGCUUGGCAAUGGAGCUGCAUUCGGAGAACUAGCCCUUGAAAACUCAAAACCAAGAGCUGCCUCUGUUAAAUGUAAAGUCCAGACCCAUUUUGUAGUGUUAGAGAAAUCUGACUAUGACCAUAUGAUCUCAAAACUUGUCAGAGAAAAAAGAAACCAAUUAGUAAAUUUUUUGCAUGCUUUGCCAAUUUUCAAUAAAAGCACCAAAGGUACAUUAUCUAAAUUGACUUAUAAUUUCAAAGAAAAAAAUUAUAUAAAAAAUCAAGUUGUUUAUAGAGAAGGCGAAGACGCUGAUAGUGUUUAUUUAAUAAGACAAGGAGAAUUUGCGUUCUAUAAAAGAAUUACAGUAGAAAGAGGACUUUCAAGAUACCCAAAAGAGAUAAAAUCCUUAAAUAAAGAUUAUUCCCACCAAAGCCAAAUCUCGAUUUUAGGUGUAGGUGAAUUAUUUGGUGAAGAGGACGUUUUAAAUAAUAACGUAAGAUCUUCUACAUGUAUCUGCAUAUCGCCUAGUGCUUUGGCUUUACAAAUUGGGAAAAAUGAUUUUUUGAAGAGGAUAAGAGGAGAAGAUUCAUGGUCUGCAAUUAGAAGCAGGUCAACAGAUAAAGUAAAAAAUAUUGAAGAAAGAGUUAAUAUGCUGACUUUUAUAGAAGAAGAGCUGAAAGGAAGUCUAACACCAAGAAGGAAACGAAAACGAGAAAAAGAACAAGAAAAGUUAUUGAAAAGUGAAGAAAUCAAAAAAUCCCCAUUGAAAAAAUCUGAAACCAUUAUAAAACUCGAAGAAAAUAAGAAGUCUCCUUUAAAAAAAAUUGAAGCAUUAAUGGUAAACCAAGUUUUUUGCAGAAGAAAAGAGUCAUCAAACUCUUUGCUAUACAAAAUGGUCGAGCAAGAGUUAAAGCUAAAGCCUCAGAUAUUGUCACAGACAGGUGUAGUUGGGAAUGUUAAAAAUAAAGAAAUAAAUUUGCCUAGGUUUAGCAGAACAAUAGAUGUAGAAAAAUAUAUUCCAAGAGUAAAGAAAAACCCAUUCAUGAAAAAUAAAUUUGAAAUUGAUUUGUUCCAAGAUGGGCUUCCUAUAUAUGAGCAUAAAAGAUCGUUGUCAGCUUUAAGAGUGGUUAAAACUGAAAGACCUAUAUUGAUAUAUGGUUUAAGGCAUAUAUCUCCAUCAAGUAUAAGGGCUGUUUCUCCAAUAGACUCUAGACGAGGGAAAAUGUCUAAUUAA